CGCGGCGUGAAACCGCCUCGAGUGGGGCACCGGCUGGCGGAGCACCAUGGCGGCGUUGGCCAGCUCCUUGAUCCGGCAGAAACGGGAGAUCCGGGAACCCGUCGCCAGCCGCCCCGUGGCCGCACAGAGAAAGGUCUGUCCCCGCGGCACCAAAUCCCUCUGUCAGAAGCAGCUGCUCAUUUUAAUCUCCAAAGUCCGGCUCUGCGGUGGGCGGAAAGGCCGGCUGGAAAAAACACCCGAACCGCAGCUGAAGGGCAUCGUGACCAAGCUCCUCUGCAGACACGGUUUCUACCUCCGGAUGCACCCAGACGGGAGCAUCGACGGGACAAAAGAAGACACCAACAGCUUCACUCUCUUUAACCUGAUCCCCGUGGGACUGCGCGUGGUUGCCAUCCAGGGUACCAAGUCGGGGCAGUAUAUCGCCAUGAAUGCAGAGGGCUACCUCUAUACCUCCGCUCACUUCACCGCCGAGUGCCGGUUUAAGGAGUGCGUCUUCGAGAAUUACUACGUCAUGUACUCCUCCACCCUGUACCGCCAGCGCGAAUCCGGCCGCUCCUGGUACCUGGGCAUCAACAAAGAAGGCCAGCCCAUGAAGGGAAACCGAGUCAAGAAGACCAAAGCCGCCGCCCACUUCCUGCCCAAGCUAUUGGAAGUGGCCAUGUACCGCGAGCCGUCACUCCAUAACGUGGUGGACCCCUCGGCGCCCCAGAAGUCAGAUGAGGCCGGGGCCCCCAGCAAAGAGACAGCCAAGCCCCGCAAGGCGACGUAACCCCGAGGCCGGGGAGGGGCGUCGGCAUCACUCCAGCAAUGCCCCUCCCACGCACGUUCCCGCUCUGCCCCCUUCUGCUCAGGAUGCCUGCCUACCUACAUUCAACCUCUGGACCUCAGAAAAAAAAUGCCAUCAAGGGUGUAAUACCCUUUGCCACCACUGGGAGGGCAACAUUGCCCUGCUGGAGAAAGAAUUAGGGGUGUGCGUGU